UUUUUUUUUGCAACAAUAAUAAAGCAGCUAUUUAUUCUUUUUUAAUCUAUAUAUUCUCAGUCAAUGGACAAUUGGGCAUUAAGGGAAAGCAAUGAUUCCCCUGUUGGAGUUAAUGGUUUUGUUGAUAACAUGCAACUUUUAUGGAAACUUCAAUCUCUUGAACCUUUAAUGCCAACAGACGAGAAUAACGAUCCACGAACCUUUGCUGAAUUCAAUCAACCAACUAGUAAUUCUGAUUUACAUGACGACGAUGAUUUAGUAGAUAAAUUAUUUCGUGAAAGUUUAGCUAUGCAAGGUAAAAUACAAUAUACAAGUGUAUGGAAGCUGGCUAACAUUAAUGAUUAAUAAAUAAUGAAGGUUAUCCUGUAGAAGAGCUUGAUCAAAAUGGACCAAAUCAUAAUCAAUUUAAUCAACAACCGCAGGCUUUAACACAAAUACAACUAUCACCACAGUCUUCUGAAGCACAUCAUCUAUCUUCUCAGGUUCAACCUCCACUUGUUCAAGCACAACAAUCACAGCAAACGAAUGCUCUUAGCAUGCUGUUGUCAUCCCCGCCACCUAUUUUCAAUAAUAUCAAUAAUUCACCAGUUGUUAAUAGGAAACGUUCAAGAUCACCUAUUUUAAUAGAUGAUCAUUCAUCUUUUAUACCUCAAAUUCAACAGCCACAACAAUCACAGUCGCAGUCGCAAAUACAGUCCCAGUCACUGCCACAUUAUUCCCAACCACAAUCACAACCACAACCACAACUACCACAACUACCACAACUACCACCACCACCACCACCACCACCGCCACCACCGCCACCACCAUCAUCAUCAUCUUCUUCU